AUGUCGUUUUUGAAUAAUGAUUUCGGCAGUCCGCCGACUGCCACUUCAUCGCCAACUAGUAUGCCGAAAUUACCGACAAUUCAAGACAUGCUUAACAACAUUGGAGCAUCAACAGUGAACCUAAUGCAACCGAAUCCGUACCUUCAAAACCAAAUCCCACUCUCUGUCCCACAACUCGCAUUUAAUCCAUUCCUUCAUCUGAAUCCAGCCAUCAGUCAAGAAAUCAUUCAACAAUUUCUUGCAAUGAGUUUCAACACUCCAAAUGUUCUGGCUGGAAUGGCGAAUAUGGGUGAGGACGAGGGAUCAUGCAACCCAAAAAUGCGUCGUGGAUCACUUCUGAAAAUGAAAAGUGUCUCAAUGGACAGUACAGAGGAUCCACCCUCAAUUAGUAUUGACAACAAUGGAGAUAUGAUUGUUCCAAAUAAUGAUAAAGAAGGUUGGUGUCGAAACAAAAAGUAUAUUGAGAGAACGGAGAAUGGUUACAUGUGCACUGUUUGCAAAAAGGUUUAUGGAAGGUACAACUCGGUGUCAUAUCAUGUCACAAUCUACCACAGGAAUCCACCAAUCAAAUGCAACAUGCCAAACUGUCAAUUCACAACUCGUGAGGCUCGUUACAUUCAUUUCCACAAAUACUACCGACAUGGAAUUCCACUUCCACAAAGUAUCGAUCAAGGUUCUCGAAAAUGUCCUCACUGUCGUCACGUGUCGAAGAGUCCAGCGAUGCUCGAGAAACAUAUCAGGAGGCAUCAACUCAAGGAUGACAUUGCAAACGGAAGCAUUGACUUGACUGAAGCAAUGCGCGAGAGAACAUCCACUAUCUGUGACGAGACCAUGGAAAUAGAAGCAGAAGCAGAAGCUGAUACUGAAAUCGUCAUGGAGACGAAACCUCGUUCAUGCACAUUGUAA